GUUUGAGGACCCCUGCCUGAACUCUCUGCUCCCAGAUUCAGCGCCUCUACCGUGGCUCCCGACCAGGUGCAACCCACUUUCCUAGUGUAAGGCUGGGGGCGGGGUUUGGCUGGGCCGGUCCAGGAUGCAAGAUCCUGGAGGGAAGAAAAGGUGUACUGUUUGGGGUGCUCAGCGGGCUGGGCUGGCUUGGCAGGGCUGGGAUCUUCGGAACAGGUAACGACCCGGAGGCCUGUUCGUCUGAACCAUAGAUAGAAGGACAAGGCGAGAUCUCCAGGUAACAGGAUGGAUUUCGGAACCCCUGACCUGCUGGAUGCGUGGCUGGAGCCCCCAGAUGAUGUCUUAACAGGACCCUUCCUGGAGCUGGGACUCCACUGUCCACCUCCCGAAGUCCCAGUGACUAUGCUACAAGAACAGGGGCUGCAAGGCUGGGAGUCCAGUGGGGCCCAUGCCUGUGGCCUUCAAGAGAGUGAGCCUGAAGAUUUCCCGAAGCUUUUCAUUGAUCCCAAUGAAGUGUACUGCUCAGAAGCAUCUCCUGGCAGUGACAGUGGAAUCUCGGAGCACCCUGGUCGUCAAGACAGUCCCCCUGUCCCCCAGGCACCCAGUUCUCCUGCCCUCUAUGAAGUUGUUUAUGAGACAGAGGCCCUGGAGAAGAUGCAGGAGGAAGCUGGGCCAGCGGUGGGCUUCAUCUCCAUUCAGCUAGAUCAGUGGAGCCCACCUUUCAUGACGCCUGAUGCCUGCAUGGUCAGCAACGUGCCCCUUGAUGCUCAUGCCCACAUCCUGCCCCGAGCAGGCACUGUAAACCCAGUGCUUCCUGCCACCCUGCUACCCUGUCAAGCCUUGUUCCUGACAGAUGAGGAGAAGCAUCUGCUGGGGCAGGAAGGGAUUUCCCUGCCCUCUCACCUGCCCCUCACCAAGACAGAGGAGAGGGUCCUCAAGAAGGUCAGGAGGAAAAUCCGUAACAAGCAGUCAGCUCAGGACAGUCGGCGGAGGAAGAAAGAAUACAUCGAGGGACUGGAGAGCAAGGUGGCUGCCUGUUCUGCACAGAACCAGCAACUACAGAAAAAAAUCCAGGAGCUGGAGAGGCACAACAUGUCCCUGGUGACUCAACUCCGCCAGCUGCAGAUGCUCAUUACUCGAACUUCCAACAAAGCUGCCCAGACCAGCACUUGUGUUCUGAUCCUUCUUUUUUCCCUGGCUCUCAUCAUCCUGCCCAGUUUCAGCCCCUUUCGAGGUCCACCAGAAGCUGGGUCCGAGGAUUACCAGCCUCAUGGAGUGAUUUCCAGAAAUAUCCUGAUUCACAAGGACGCAACAAAAAAUUGGGAGACCCCAGAGGUAGAGUCCAGAUUGGGAGGGCCACCUGGGAUCAAGAGUGCAAAUGGCUCAACAACGGCGCUGCUUGAGAAGACGGGAGGGAAGACAGGCCCCCGUGGGCUCCUUAGAACUGUGCUGCAUGCAGAUGAGAUGUGAGCUGGAGCACUUCCUAGCCCACCCCUCAGUCACAUGAGGAACCCAGGGCUCUCCGCUCUGCUUUCCCCUGGGAUUCCCACUCGGGGUUCUUUGGCCUCAGGAUUACAUCAGGAUGCCCUAGAUGCCUGUACCCUGAGGCCGUCUGUCUGUGUGAGGUGGCACCACAAAUACUUUUAUUAUGUAUCUGUGAUUUUAUUUCUUCUUUGGAUGUAGGGUUGAGGAAAACAGACGUUUUUGCUAAUGAAAUAAACAUUUUUUUGCUGAAA